AAAUUAGGAGUCGUUUGGAGAUGCUGAAGAAGGAGAUGGAAGGCAUUGCUGCACUGAAAUUGAAUGGGGAAAUAACAAGCGAGGAGCUGCUGCAACAGACGGAGAGCGAGAGGAAGAAGAUUCUGUCGGAAUUUGAGAAACUCCAUCUGUUUCUAGAGGAGAAAGAAUUGCUCCUAUUGGCCCAGCUGGAAGUACUGGACAAGGAGAUAUUGAAGAGGCAUGAUGAAUUCACCACCAGGCUCAUCCAGGAGAGAUCUCGUCUCGGGACCCUGAUCAGUGAGAUGGAAGGGAAGUGCAGGCAGCCAGCAAGUGAAUUCCUGCAGGACAUCAGAAGCACCUUGAGCAGGUAUGAGACGGGGAAGUUUCAGAGUCCACCAUCCCUUCCUCUGGAACUGAAAAGGAGAGUCAAGGAAUUCUCUCAGAAGCACACAUUUCUGGAGCACACUCUGAGUAAAUUUAAAGAGAGACUGUCAUCUGAAACAAAGCUGGACAAAGCGAUUCUAUCUGGAAAGCAGUUGGACAAAGCCAACGUGACCCUGGAUCCAGACACGGCUCAUCCUCAUCUCAUCCUGUCUGAGGAUGGGAAAAGCGUGAAAUGGGGACCUGCACGGCAGGACGUGCCCGACAACUUCAGAAGAUUUGAUCCCGUUCCCUGUGUGCUGGGCUGUGAGGGGUUCACCUCGGGGAGACAUUGCUGGGAAGUGGAGGUGGACGGGAGCAGUUGGGCCGUGGGGGUGGCCAGAGAGUCUGUGACGAGAAAGGGAGGGAUCAGCUUGGAGCCGGAGGAGGGGAUCUGGGCUGUGGGGCAGCUGAACCCAAUUCAGUAUGUGGCUCUCACUUCUCCUUGGACAAGCCUGCCACCGGAUAGGAGACCCAGGAAGAUCUGGGUCGCCCUGGACUACAAAAUGGGGCAGGUGGCAUUUUUCAACGCUGAGAACCACACUGAGAUCUUCACUUUCAUAGCAGUCGCUUUUGCUGGGAGAAUCUUCCCGUUCUGCUGGGUGGCAGACAAAAACUCCCAGGUCAGAAUCUGUCACUGAGCUGCGAGAUCAGGUAUUCCUCUUCCCUCCCGGGGUCUGGAUCUGGCACCUUCUCCAUAGAAUCUCCUGGUGGAAUUCUAGUCUGUCCGACCCAGCUUCUAACACUCGCUUCACAGCAGUAUCUGACUGCCCACGCCACCUCCUACUGGAGCCCAGAGAGAGCCCAGUUUCUCUAACGCUGGCAGACAAUUCAUGGCACAGACAGUUCAUGACCCCCUAUACACUCCCCCUACUGCAGGAUCCCUCCUCGGAUGAGCAGGAGAGGAUCUUUUCUAAGAGGAGAGAAAUCAGAGGGAUUAGAGGUGGGGAAACAAAGAGUAACUGGUGAGGAUGUUUAUAGAAGGAAAUAUGAGAGGAAAAUGUAUAGGAGGAAAAGAGAUGAGGGAGAAUAUAAACUCUUUGGAGCAGGGACUGUCUCUCGCUGUGUGUCUGUGCAGUGCCCGGCACAACGGGGCUCUGAUCUC